AUGAGAGGGGAAGGCGCCUACAGCAAGAUGGACGUGGGCAGCAAGGAGGUCCUGAUUGAGAGCCCGCCAGACUACUCGGCAGCCAACCAGGGCCGUUUUGGCAUCAUCCCCUGCUGCCCUGUGAGCCUCAAACGCCUUCUCAUCGUGGUCGUGGUGAUAGUCCUUGUGGUCGUGGUGAUUGUAGGGGCCCUGCUAAUGGGUCUUCACAUGAGCCAGAAGCACACUGAGAUGGUUCUGGAGAUGAGCAUUGGGGGACCAGAAGCCCAGCAGCGCCUGGCCCUGCAGGAGCGUGCGGGCACCACUGCCACCUUCCCCAUUGGCUCCAGUGGUAUUGUAGUGUAUGACUACCAGCGGCUCCUGAUUGCCUAUAAGCCAGCCCCAGGAACCUGUUGCUAUGUCAUGAAGAUGGCUCCGGAGAACAUCCCAAGUCUUGAGGCUCUCACUAGAAAGUUCCAGAACUUCCAGGUCAAGCCUGCAGUGUCUACCUCCAAGCUGGGCCAGGAGGAGGGCCAUGAUGCUCGCUCAGCAUCCCCUGGGGACCUGGACUUCCUGGGCACCACAGUGAGCACCCUGUGUGGCGAGGUGCCCCUCUACUACAUCUAG